AUGGAGACCUGGUUUUGGAUUCUUGGCUGGGUUCUUUCAUUUCUUGCCAUCACUGGAAAUGGAUUUACAAUCUUUCUCGUUUGCAGCAGACGAAAUCUCCGCACCAAACCCAACGUGUUUAUUGUUUCUCUUGCCGUAGCGGAUUUUUGUGUUGGUUUGAGCGUUAUUCCUUCUCUGUUUUUCUGCGACAUUACAAACACCUGCUACUGGCCUCAACGUUGGCUGUCUUGGGUGAAUUUUAUAAGGUGGUUGUUUAGUUACACGUCUGUUGUAAACUUAUGCGGCUUAGUACUGGAUCGUUUAAUUGCCAUCGUCCAUCCUCUAAAAUACAUUACUUUGAUGACUCGCCGUCGAAUUAUUCAAGUUAUUUUCUUCUCUUGGGUUCUA